AUGAUUACCGUCGCCCACGAUCGCACUUGGUCCGAGCUCGCGCCUUCCCAAGGCAGAACCCACCCGUCCAAUAGCCUCACUAUCCUGCGCGACAACGACAUCUUGUUCAAAGAUGGAAAUCUGUCUCCACUCCCAGACUCCACCGUCUUUAUCGUGUCCAACAUCGACUUUGAUGCCGACAAGAAGAAUCUCUCGCGAAAGACGAUCGUUUUUCCUCGUUAUGUCGAAGGAGCCACCAUUGACGACUAUUCCAAGUCUGCCGCUACUGCUAGUAGGAUGAAUAAAGACAUCUUUGAGGGUCUCGAGAGGACUGAAGAUGACUGGCUUCAUGAAGCGUUUACAAACAAGGAUCCAGAGGUGCUGGCAAGGCAGGAGAAGGAUUUGCUGUCGCCUUUGCUGGACACCCACGAUGACUACAAAAGCGUGCAGAUACUUUCUGUGGGAGAAAAUGAUUUCAAACUUGCUGAAUCUUCCAUCUAUGAUGACAUGGGGCCAUGA